AUGGUUGGGGAUGGCGUGUGGUCGGCGAUGGUUGCAGCCCUCCCCAAAUUCGAGAUGAAGGUCACCUGCCCUCCACCUAGAUCUGGCCGAGGGCCACACUAUUGCGUGACCUUGCUCAUGUCUGGGGAGGAAUUUGGGAGAGUUUAUCGGUUCUUGUUUGCAAUCAAUGAAGAUAAUUUCACAUCCCCACUUCCGCCAACACGAAGAAGAAGAAGAAGAAGAAGAAGAAGAAGAAGAUCGAUCUCCCUCUCGGCGUCGAUCCCUCGCCUCCGCAGAUCUGAGCGCGCCCCCGUCUCAUGGCGCGCUUCCCGCUCGCGAUCUCACCCGAUCCUCGUCUCGCCGUUGCUGUUCUCCGCCGUAGCCUUCUCCAAAACCCUCAAGCGCGACGUGAAGGCAUUGAACGAGAUUAAGGCGUCGCUCGUGGAGGUAGUGUACUCGUGGGUCGGGGAUGAUCCGUGCGGCGACGGCGAUCUUCCACCUUGGUCUGGCGUGACGUGCUCCUCAGGAGACUAUAGGGUCGUGACCGAAUUGGAGGUCUAUGCAGUCUCGAUAGUAGGGCCUUCAACAGCUGUUACUAAUUUGCUGGAUCUGACUAGCCUGUAAGAUCUCCAUAACAACAAAUUGACUGGACCUAUUCCUCCUCAGAUUGGGUUAAAGCGUCUCAAAAUACUCAACUUGCGAUGGAAUAAGCUGCAAGAUGUGAUUCCUCCAGAGAUUGGUGAAAUUGAAGAUUUCUGCAGAUAUCUUAGCUUCAAUAACUUUAAGGGGGAAACUGCGGAGCUUGCUAAUCUUCCUGAACUUCGAUAUCUCUAUCUGCAAGAGAACCGUUUGGCGGGACGAAUUUCGCCAGGGAUUAUGCAACUUGCCAAAUCUCGUCACCUGGAUGUUGGUAACAAUCAUUUAGUAGGUACUUUGAGGAACUGACACUGAAAUGAAGGCUGCUUUCCAGCUUUGAGGAACUUUUAUCUGAAUAACAACUAUUUUACUGGAGGUAUUCCAGCACAACUUGCUAAUGUCAAACUGGAAAUCUUGUAUUUGUCCUACAACAAAAUGUCAGGAAUUAUACCAACCAAAAUUGCUCGUAUUCCUAAACUAACAUUCUUAUAUUUGGAUCACAAUCAAUUUUCCGGAAGAAUUCCUGAUGCUUUCUACAAACACCCAUUCUUGAAAGAAAAUGAGUACAUCGAAGGGAACUCAUUCCGACCAGGUAAGCCAAUCGGAGUUCAUAGAGUCCUUGAACUUUCUGACUCAAGAAUUUCUGUUUUAGUUGAAGAAGAACGACGAGCUUUUGAUUACAUAGGAUCGUGUGUCAAUAGAUGGGGAAAACUAGUAUGA